AUGUUUGCAUAAGCAAGAGAGUGUCAUAUUCAUGCUAAGCUGAACAUUUUUGGACAGGAUAGACGUGCUUACCUUGCGAGAAAGGAUGCAAGUGUAGUUCUUAUAUGGGUUGUGAUGGAGGAUUACAAUGUUAAAGUGGAUGGGCAUAUUAAGAUGAAGGAGACAAGAAAUGUGUGCAAUGCCCAACAGGAUGUAGUUCAUGUAUUCUAAAUGGGAUAAAUGGAUUUAUUUGUAAUAAGUGCUAAUCAGGAUAUUAACUAAUAGGUAGAAUGUGGCAGUAUAUUUGUAGCAAACAUCUGUGUGCCAUUGAGUUUUAAUCCAAGAUUAGGGAAUGUGAAGUUCUUUGGAUUCGGAUUAUGGGGAAUUCCUUAUUGGACGAUAGCUUUGGAUAAUUUGCCAUAAGGCAUUGAAGAGGCUUAUUCCACAUUGGAUUGUAUUGAAAGAGAUUCUUCAACAACAUUUUGUUCGAAAUGUCCAGAUGGUUCGUGGUUGAAUGAACUGAUGUAAUGUGAGAAGUGUGGGCCAGGUUGUUCCUUAUGUAAGUCUAGAGGAACUUGUGUAGAAUGUCAAAGUGGAUACUAUUGGGGUGAAGAGACAGGUUAAUAUACUUAAUAUACUGCAUAUUUCAAUGGAGCAGGAAGAUGCUUGUAGUGCAGUAUUAAAAAUGCUAAGAGUUGUGAUGCCAACUCUGUUCUGAGUUGUGUAGAUGGAUCUUAUUUAUAAAAUUCAAAUUGUGUAGAUUGUCUAAUGUAAUGUUAAACUUGCACGAAUGGUAAUUCAUGUGUCACCUGCAAGUAAGGUUAUUACUAAUAGAAUAAUGAAUGCUAAUAUUGUAUUGGAAAUAGUGACAUGAAUAUAAAUUGUUUGGAAUGUUCUGAUCUAAAUACAUGUACUAAAUGUGCUGAUUCUUAUAUGUUAAUAAAUUCUCAGUGUUAUUUAAUUCCAGUGGAUCCAGGAUGUGAAACUUUCAGAGCCAAAGGAACCAAUCAAGUUGUAUGUGAUGUCUGUUUAAAUGGAUACUACUUAUACUAAGGUACUUGUUAUUCAUGUUUGAAUGAAAAUGAGUUAUAUGACCUGUGUACAAAUUUGGACGAAUCUGGAUAAUCUCCAUCCGUCUAUCCUACUCAAUGUUUGACUAAUAUCGCAGACCCUAUAAGUUCAUCCAAUUACUUUUUAAUCUAAUAGACUGAUUAGGAAAUUAAGACUAAUUUAUGUGUGCAAAAUAAUAAUGGAUGCACUAAAAUGAUUGAUUCGAAUGGAUAAUGCUCUUAAUGUGCUGACCAAUACACUUUGAAUAAUGGAGUAUGUUAUCCAUGUUCAACCAUUUUAAACUGUUUAGAGUGCUCAUACAAUAAUGAAGUAGUUUGUAAUAAAUGCAUUUAAUCUACUUACUUAAAUAACAAUGAAUGUGUUUAAUGUAUAGAAGGGUGUAACAAGUGUUCCUCAUAAAAUUCUUGUGAUACUUGUUCUACAGGAUACUAUUAUAAUACCUAAUAAUAGUGUGUAAAAUGCUCAGUUUAAAAUUGUUCAUCUUGUCCCAAUGAUACCUGCCAAAGUUGUGUGCCUUAAUUCUUCUUGUAUGCAUAAACAUGUUAGUUGUGUCCUCCAGGUUGUUCUAAUUGCCAAGGUACUUUAGGCAGGGAAUGUACAACUUGUCUAGAUGGAUUUUAUUUGAAAGAUAAUGGUUGUUAUCCUGGAACACAAUAUUGUGCUCAACAUAAUAGUGAUGGAACUUGUAAACAUUGUAUCUAUGGAGCAUAUGUGGCUGACAAUUAAGAAUGUUUGCCUUGCAUCUCACUUGGAGCUGGAUAUGUUUGCGGAUAAAAUGCUAAUGUCUAUUGCUUUUUAGGAAUAUUACAAUUUGCUGUUCUAUUUAUGCUAUUGUUUCAGUGA